AUGUCGCUCGCCGAUUACUUAGCGAAAAACUACCUCAACGCCGACCCCUCGACAGAGAAGAAGAGCAAGAAGCGCAAGCGCAAGGCCGCCAAAGAUGAGGGCCUCAUCAUCGCUGACGAUGACGCAAUGGGAUGGGACAACGGACCUAAGCAGCAGGAGGACGAGGACACCCCCAUGACAGUAUCCGGAAACAGCGCCGAAUUCCGCAAGAAGAAAACAUCCGCCUGGAAGUCAGUUGGCGAUGCACCACCUAGCAACGCAGACCAAGCGGCAGCCGAUGCUAUAAUCGCCUCCGCAGCCGCCGAGAACCGCGCUUUGGGCGACGCCGAUGACGAUGACCCUACGGUCGACAACUCUGGCCCCGCCAUGGAAUCCGGUGCACAGGCAGGGUUACAGACGGCUGCUCAGGUUACGGCUGCGCUUCAGAAACGUCAGAAGGAGGAGGAAGCACACAUGCGGGCUGCAAUGAAAGAGGCCGGUGCGGUGGCGAACGAAACAAUCUAUCGUGACGCAAGCGGUCGCAUUGUAAAUGUGGCUAUGAAGAGGGCAGAAGCACGGCGCGCUGCGGACGAAGCAGCAGCGAAAAAGGCGCGUGAGGAAGAAGAGGCGCGGGGUGACGUACAGCGGGCAGAGAAAGAGGCGAGGCGACAGGCGCUUCAGGAUGCCAAAUAUAUGCCUCUAGCGCGGACGGCAGACGACGUGGAAAUGAACGACGAGCUGAAAGAGCAAGAGCGCUGGGCAGAUCCGGCAAUGGCAUUCUUGACCAAGAAAAAGGAAGCCAAAAGUCGUACGGGAAAGCCGUUAUACAAAGGCGCCUUUGAGCCGAAUCGCUACGGAAUCCGCCCUGGACACCGGUGGGAUGGUGUUGAUCGCAGUAAUGGGUUUGAGAGACAGUGGUUCAAGGCAAGGAACGCGAAAGCGAACAGGGCGAAUUUGGAAUAUGCAUGGCAGAUGGAUGAAUGA